UCCGCCAUCGGCCUUUCACCAUUUCCGCACCGACAACCCAGCCAGCCAGCCAGCCAGCCAGCCAGCCAGCCAGUCAGCCAGUCAGCCAUCCAAUUGAAUGAAUGAAUUGGGGGAGAGGGAAGGAGGGGGAUUCUGCAUGCACAUCCAUCAUACGAUAGGCCAUCAGCAGUUCAGCAUAGCACGCAAGCGUCCCUCCACGGCCGUACAUAAUUGGUUCAAAGUCCUACCAUACAUCCAUACAUCCAUACAUCCAUACAUCCAUACAUCCAUACAUCCAUA